ACAGGAAACCUAACCAGGAAAAGAAAACACCAAGCGCAUUGUCGCCAUUUUGGUUGAAGGUGAAAAGAACAUGAGUAAAAGUAUCUGACCAUGGACAAGCGCUGGGCCCAGGAUGUGUUACGGUGUGGUCUCUGUGAGACUCCGGUCCCCCCUAUGUACUGUGCCAUUUGUAACAAAUAUCUGUGUAAAGCCUGUGAGAAGGACCAUCUCUCUGAUCUAUCCAAAGAACACAAAGUGCUGCCAAUUGAAAAGAGAGGAUCUACUCCUAAUUGUCCAAAACAUUCCACAAAAUUAUGUGUAUUUUACUGUGAACAAUGUGACAUUCCUAUUUGUACAACAUGUGCUUCCUCUGAAGAACACAGUGGCCAUAAAUUUAUUGAAAUAUCUAAAAACAUUGACAGCAAGAAAGAAGUAAUUCAAAAAGAUUUACAAGAACUAGAGAAAUCCAUUUAUCCCAAAUACAAAGAGAUUUCAUCCAUUAACCAAGUCCAAAAAUCUGCUCUGAAUGACAACUCCCAGAAAAUAACAACAGAAAUCGACAAACAUGGAGAAGACUUGCACAGAGAAAUAAACACCAUUAUCAGAAACAUGAAAUCUUACGUGGAGGAAACGGACACCGAACACCUGGCUGUCUUAGACAAACAGGAAGAUGAAAUUCAACACACCAUUUCUGAAAUCACACAGACCAUUACUGAACUAAAGACGUUACUGGACUCCAAUGAUGUCAGCCGUGUCUCUGCCUACAAAUCCAGGAAUGAUGAAUUCAGAAGAUUGCCCCCUAAACUCACAGUGUCCUUACCAAGUUUUAUCCCUCAGAAGAUCAACAAAGAACAGCUUUAUCAACAGUUUGGUUAUCUGUCAGCGUCAUCUAUCAAAACAGAAGAACAUGGCUACACCAUGGAAUCUCCCGGUGCUGAGUCCUCUCCCCCGGACAGACCGCUCAUUGAUGUACCACGGAUCAUCACACAGAUAAACACCGAGUAUAGAGGAUUAGGCAGUGUGUCCUGUCUUAGUGAUGAGGAGAUGUGGACGCGUGGUAAUGACAACAUCAUGAGACUGUACAACCUCCGUGGGGAACUAGUGAAGUCAGUCAAAACCAAGUCAGGGACCUAUCCACUGGACAUAGCAGUGACAAGGAGUGGGGAUCUAGUUUAUACUGAUUACGAUGAUAGAACUGUGAACAUAGUGAAGAAUAAAAAGAUAAAGACCGUGAUCAAACUACGGGGGUGGAGACCUUACGGUGUUUGUAGUACCUCCUCUGGUGACCUCCUGGUUGUCAUGGACAGUAAUGAUGAUAAACAAACAAAAGUUGUGUGUUACUCUGGCUCCACAGAGAAACAAAGUAUUCAGUACAACGACAAAGGACAACCUCUCUAUUCACCCGGUGGCAUUAAAUACAUCAGUGAGAACAGGAACCUAGAUAUCUGUGUGUCAGACAGUGACGCCCGUGCAGUAGUGGUGGUCAAUCAGGCCGGGAAACUCCGGUUUACCUACACUGGUCCUCCCUCUACUACCAAGGAAUCAUUCUAUCCACGCGGCAUCACAACAGACAGCCAGGGUCUUAUCCUGACAGCAGACAUAGACAUUAUAUAUAACAACGACCGUAUCCACAUCCUGGAUCAGGACGGACAGUUCCUCCGCUACAUUGACAACUGUCAUAUACAGUAUCCAUGGGGUUUAUGUGUAGACACCAGAGACAACCUCUUUGUGGCUGAGUACAGAGGUAAAGUGAAGAAAAUACAAUAUGUCUAGAACAUUACACAGCAGUGUAACAUUGUUUAUAUGUAUUACAUGUUGACAAACUGAAUGUGUGGAUAUAUAUAACAUGUAUUAGCAUAAAGAUAAUUAAUUAUAUUUAAGAAAUAAAGUACGAGUUUUCGUGAAUGUUGCAGAAUAACCUCCGAGGUAGAGAAAUAAUGUUUUGAAAUAUAAAAGCCGAGGCGUUAGCCGAGGCUUUUAUAUUUCAAACAACAUUUCGAGACCGAGGAGGUUAUCCUGCAACAUUCAUGAAAACAAGAACUUUAUUUCUAUUCUACUAACAGCCCAGUAUUUCUACACAUCGUUUCUCCUAUAGAGAGACGAUCUAGGUCAUUUUGACGGCUGUUCCGUGUAACCCCAACGGUUUUGUUAGUAAUGUUUACAUGUGUAUCGAUCAAAGGAAUCACAUGCAGACGACAUACUUUUUUCUUAGGAUUUUAAUACUCUUCACUUAUUUAUAAAAUAUCUUUUGAGUUAUUUUCCUAAUAUUUUAAGGGCAAUUUAAUACGAUUAUUACUACUACACGUGAUAUAUUUUAUGUAAAAACACGCAGUGAAAAUGUGCUGGGGAGGUCCUAGGAACAGCCGCAUUGAUCUCUUAAAAAUAAACAUUUGAGACAAUACACAUCGUUUUGACUGGAACUAACACGUGAAAUUGACAUAGUUUUAAAACUUUUUACGGUUUGAAGUUGUACUUUCAUGGUCAGUGCGAGACAAAUAGGUAUUUCUGAUCUGAUACUUUACUGAUGACGUUCGUGGUAUAUUGGAGAAUAAUGUCCGCGGCAUCUCUUUGAUCUCGGCAAUAACUGUAGUAGAAUAUAUAAUAGAGUCAUGCAUAUAAAAAUAUGUCCAUUUAGUUCAUGUCAACAAUAUCAUUGUUUUGUUUAUCAUGUUUAUACAUCAUAAUAAACUGUUUUAGUGUAGUGAUUGUAUUGUCAAUGAAUUAAAUGUUUUUACAUUUAAUGUCAAAACAAACUGUGUACAUUAUAAGAAUACAAUCAGAGAAACCUUGUUUGGUAUUUGUUAAAGAAACCAAAACAUUUUAAUGUUGAUAAAAUGACACUAAAAGUUGAAUUAAAUAUCUGUAAAAAAUUUUUUUUAGCUCUCCUUUAUUAUUUUUAUAUUAAGUUGAGUUAAUUUCAAUCAUUUUUUUAUAAGAAUAGAAAUAAAAAUCAUAAAUUUUCUUUUCUCAAAGCAGAAAAACUGAAGGUACCACAUUUGUUGAACAUUAGAAUGGUGUUUAUUUGAUCUUUGUCCAUUAAUAUUUCUGUCACUGAAGAUUGAGUAACUUUUGUUUCUUACACACUAUAGUAAUAAACCCUGCAGUUGUACAUUGUAUACCUUAAAUAAUGUGUUAUCAUGUCUAAUAAAUGAUUUGUAAACAACUUUGUUAAUUGGUUUUGAUUAAAUUUUCUUUG